AUGAUGUCGUGUAACGGGUCCACGCGUUUCCAGGAGGGCGUGCCUCGCACCCCCGAGGCGCAAACUACAUACGAAAGUUCACCCAAAGGCCCUAAAAGCAACAUGGUAGCGAAAAGUGAGCUGUCGGAAUUCGAACAGCAGCGUUUGGCAAACAUUGCCGAGCGUGAUGCGCUAUUGAAAAAACUUACCCUCGAAUCGCAAUCCUCGGGCCUCUUCGCAAGCCCUAAGCCUUCCGGCAGCCAUGGCGCAAAACCAAAAAAGCGCCCAGCUCCUAAAGUGAAAACCGAAGAGGAAAUCACCCCUCGGCGAACAUCCUCGCGCCUCAAGGGCAUUGCGGCCGAAAGUGAAGUAGCGAAGCGCAAGGCCGACGACGAGUAUGAGGCGAUGCGCGAAGCGGACAGACUUAAAAGAAUGCGCCGGACGGGUUCGUUCAGUCAGGCAGAUAUGUUUAUUUCGGGCCAAAAGCUCAGCCCCGAUAGCCUGAUUGGAGUUGAUGUUAUCACCAAGGGUGUUGCAAUGCCUUACGAAAGGACAUUUGGGGACGAUGAUAUCGAGAAGACUGCAGACAAGGAGCUGAAGGCCCUUCGGGAGGAGAUGAAUGGACUUCAAUUGUGGGAUUCAUGGGAUCCACAACGGAUCAAGAUCACCCCCGAGCGCGUGUACAGCAUGACCUUCCACCCAUCCGAAUCCAAACCUCUGAUAUUCGCGGGCGACAAAAUGGGUCAUCUGGGCAUGCUGGAUGCUUCGCAGGAGAAGCCUGUGGCGGGUGAGGACGACGACGAAGAUGAGGAUGACCCCGAUCCAAUUCUGACAACACUCAAGCCACACACCCGAACGAUCAGUGCAAUGAUGAUCAAUCCAUCAAAGCCGACACAUUUGUACACGGCAAGUUAUGACAGCUCGAUUCGAGCACUGGACUUGGAGAAGAUGGUCUCUUCGGAGAGCUACGCUCCUGAAUCUACCAACAUCGACGAGGCAAUUUCUGGAGUAGACAUGGCUCCGGACGACCCUCACACUUUAUACUGGACUACACUUCAAGGUGGAUUCGGUCGGUAUGAUACCCGCACACCGCGGGAAGAUAGCAAUGUAUCAAACUGGGAGCUUUCAGAGAAGAAGAUCGGGGGUUUCACACUGUGUCCCUCCCAGCCUCACUACUUCGCCACGGCAAGUCUAGAUCGAUUUCUGAGAUUAUGGGAUUUGCGCAAGCUCUCACCGCACAAUCCAACUCCUGUUGCCGAGCAUGAAAGCCGUCUCUCGGUUUCCCACGCAGCUUUCAAUGCUGCUGGGCAGAUCGCUACUUCGUCCUACGACGACACCUUGAAAAUCUACGAUGUGGGCGCAAAGGGCUUCUCUACGUGGAAGCAGGGCCACAAGCUUUCAGAAAAGGAGUUCACUCCAGAUACUGUUGUCCGCCACAACUGCCAGACUGGCCGCUGGGUGACGAUUCUCCGCCCUCAGUGGCAACUCAACCCUCAAUCUCCCAUCCAGCGGUUCUGUAUAGGAAACAUGAACCGCUUCGUUGAUGUUUACAGCAGCAAUGGCGACCAGCUCGCUCAGCUUGGCGGUGAUGGGAUCACUGCUGUUCCUGCUGUGGCUGUGUUCCACCGUAGCAAGAACUGGGUUGCUGGUGGCACUGCUAGUGGGAAGCUCUGCUUAUGGAAGUGA